GUAACCAAUACGUAUACAUAUUCUCCUCCAAAAACUCAAAUCAAAACCAGAACCAAAAUCAUCAACCUAUCGAUUGAUGGACAUGGAGACGAAGAAACCCUACAUGGUGGUGACUGUGAUACAACUUAUAUACGCAAUCAUGUUUUUGAUCUCUAAAGCUGUCUUCAAUGGUGGAAUGAACACUUUCGUCUUCGUUUUCUAUCGCCAAGCGUUUGCUACCAUCUUCUUGGCUCCUCUCGCUUUCUUCUUCGAACGGAAAAGUGCUCCACCUCUUUCAUUUGUGACCUUCAUCAAGAUCUUCAUGCUCUCCUUAUUUGGUGUGACAUUGAGUUUGGACUUGAAUGGAAUCGCAUUAUCAUACACGUCAGCGACUUUGGCCUCAGCCACAACAGCUUCCCUUCCGGCCAUCACAUUCUUCUUGGCUCUCUUUCUUGGAAUGGAGACGCUUAAGGUUAAGAGCAUACAAGGAACAGCCAAACUUGUGGGAAUAACUGUUUGCAUGGGAGGGGUAAUUACAUUAGCCCUUUACAAAGGUCCAGUACUGAAAUUACCUGUAUGCUCUCACCUCUAUCAUCACCAGAAUAUUCCUGGCCACGUCUCCGGCCAUUCCACCUCUUGGCUGAAAGGAUGUGUUCUCAUGAUCGGCUCCAACAUUUUAUGGGGUCUCUGGCUCGUUUUGCAGGGUCGUGUGAUAAAGUUUUACCCCUCGAAGCUGUACUUCACAACUCUUCAUUGUCUAUUGAGUUCAAUCCAAUCCUUUGUUAUUGCUAUUGCAUUCGAGAGAGAUAUCUCAGCAUGGAAGCUUGGUUGGAACCUACGACUCGUUGCAGUCAUUUACUGUGGAUUCAUUGUAACAGGGGUAGCAUAUUAUUUACAAUCAUGGGUUAUAGAGAAGAGGGGACCUGUUUUCUUAUCGAUGUUCACACCUAUGUCUCUCGUCUUCACUCUCCUUUCUUCAUCGAUUCUACUUUGCGAGAUCAUCAGACUUGGAAGUAUUCUAGGUGGAUUAUUAUUGAUUAUAGGACUCUACUGUGUGCUGUGGGGGAAAAGUAGAGAGCAGAAGAACCGUAGUGAUGAGAAGACUGAUCCACAUAAAGAAACCAAUGUUGCUUGCAAUGAAGUGAAGGUUGUCAUUAGUUAAAUGAAAUGUCUUAAUUUGUAUUAUACAAGAGGCUUAUUAUAUGUGUCACACCAUUCACAUAAUAGAGCCCAUAUAAGUUUGCUUUAUUUUUCUUGGAAUGGUUUUUAACUUUCUAUAGAAUUUGUAAGCAAAAAAGAGAACAAAAUAAAAAAUAUGUAUAAAGCUUUUUGUAUGAAAUGAAAAGUUUCUGACAGCUUGCAAAUUGUC